AUGACAUUGCCGUUGCUCUGCACCGUCUGCAACAUCCUCGCAGCUCAUCAUGACGUACCUCCGUACGUGUGGGAGCUCCUGGGCAGCAAUAUUGUCGUGACACCUCAAGCUCUCAAUCGGUUACAGACAAUCGAUAAACCCUACCAGCUUAUAGACAGGACCGACGUGAUCAGUAAGGAAAUCACCGGGGCCAUAGUGACAGGGGACGACUUCUUCCUCGGGAUUCAGAUGGCAUGGCUGACUUUGCAGAGAGGGUGGUACCCCAAGGCCGCAGUGCUCGUGUUGGCAAAAAGUGUAAAUGAGCGCGUGUUCUCAGUGAUGUGGUCAAGAGGGAAAAUAGCAAACGUCAUCGUCCACACGACAACAGGCCUCUACAUAUACAACCCAUUUCUGAAUUCCAUUAUUUCUGUUGGAGAGCAUAUUAGAAUGAAUCUGACGGACCGUUGGAAAAACAUGAACGGCAAUACAGUGUCUGUUUCUGUGUACAAGAAUCCUGUCAGUUACAUAGCAGACUCAGGAAUAUCCCUAGGGUCUGGCUUAGACGGUUCCGCACUCUAUGAACUUUCUAAAUACUGGAACAUGACAGUGAAGAUUAGGGUAAAUGAUAAAAUGAACCAUUCCGAAUUUCAGGUGCUUCGGGGAAAAUCAGAUCUAUCGUUCACCGGACUAUCUUUAUUCCAAAACAUCUUCGGACUGCACCUAAGUUCGAUUGUAUACGGCGACAAAGUAUGCGUAGUGCUAAAAAUUCCAGAAAAAUUGAGAGGUUGGGAUGUUUUGUGGCGCAUCUAUGAUAGGAAGGUUUACCUAAUGUUCUUUAUCACCGUUUUUAUAACGAACAAAGCCUUCCGCUUAUUAGCUAAGAAAAAAAAUCGAAGAAAUACCUUACAAAUGGUGAUCAGAACCAUGUCCAAUAUUAUGAUCGUGCGCCCUCCAACGGCCUUCAGGGAGCGAAUCUUAUUGAGUUCCACCAUGAUCUUUGGCCUUAUCGUAGUCACUAUUUAUCAAGCGUCCAUGUUCCAUUUUGUCAGAUUCAAUGUCCGGCAUCACAAAAUGAAAACUCUAUCGGAUGUUUUCCAGAACGGUAUACCUCUAAAAACAGACGAGAUCGCUUUAAGGGAUUUUUUCUUAGCAUGGGAUAAGAGGGAAAUUAGAAAAUUGGGUAAACAAAUUAAAGAAGACAAAAACUUUUACAACGUACUUAAAACCGCUGGCUUUGUGACAAGAGAGAAAUAUUACAACCUGCUGAGGGACAUCAAUCUGUUGAAGAACGACGUUUACGUACUGAAGCAGAGGGUGGGGAGCUUCACGAUGGCCUAUUCGGUGAAGAAGGGAAGCUCCUACCUGGAACCCCUCACCAGGUUCACCUUGAGGGUCUUCGAAGCAGGGCUCUACAGGAAGUGGCGUCGCAUGACAAUUAGCAAAUAUGCUAGAUAUUAUGAUAAAAAUGAAGCAACUCCUUCAAAUCGGGGACUACAGAUGUCCGAUACUGAAGUCGCUUUCGUCGUACUAUUUAUAGGUAAACAGGUUAAAAUGAGAAAGAAGUUACAAAACUAAGUAUUUAUUGACUCAGAUAUAUCUUGCAAAUUUUCGCUUAACUUGAAUGGUUUGUUUAAAUUAAUCUUUACAUAGGUCAAUUAUCGUAAGUAACAAAACUACGAAUAUAUAAUUUAUUAAAUAAAUGGAAGACUAUACAAUGUCUUCCAAUGCGAAUGGGAAAACCAUGGCAACUGAUUAUAAUAUUAGGAUAAACAAACAGUAACGAAACUUAGCUUUACUCCUUUAUUUGUAACCAAUACUAGCCGAAUAUAAUGGGUUGCUACAUAUAGACAAGAAAUCAGUAAUGAAAAACAAUAAUAAUAACACAAGUUACCAGUAAUGAAAAACAACAAUAAUAAGCACAAACUUAUUUCAAUAUGUGGUGACAUUUAGCCUAAGUACUAAG